CCUACACUCAAUACCUCUCCUCCUUCUCGUCUCUUCCUCUCUUCUCUCUCUCGUUCUUCCUUUUCUGUCCAAACAGAGUUCGGUGACAGCCAAAGCCGGUCGCCGCUGAUGCCUCACACCCUUUCCUUCCCCUUUCUGGUAAUGACAAUGGCAAAGGAAGAAGAGGGAAAACUGCGGCGGCGACGAGAAACGGCGGCUGCAACGAGAAACAGAGGCGAUUGUCGCGACGGCGAAGUUUUGGAAUCGGUUGGGGGAAAAUGAUAUACGGCAGCGGACUGUAUCAGCGGUGGCGUAGGGGGUGAAACGCGCGGCGAGGGAGAAACACCAGCGAGGGUAAG